AUGUCUUUGAAAUCCUACCAACAUGAUUUCAUCAAAUUCGCCAUCUCGAAUGAUAUCUUGAGCUUUGGUAGUUUCACUCUGAAGUCUGGUCGGAUCAGCCCAUAUUUUUUCAAUGCUGGAAAAUUCAACAGAGGUACUUCGUUAGCAGCUAUCGGUAAAUUUUAUGCUGAGGUCUUACAAGAUGCCGGCUUAGAAUUUGACGUGGUUUUCGGUCCAGCUUAUAAAGGCAUCCCGCUUUCAUCUUCAACUGUGAUUGCAUUGGCCAAAGAAUACAAUAAAGAUGUCCCAUAUUCUUUCAAUAGAAAAGAGGUAAAAGAUCAUGGCGAGGGUGGAAACAUUGUUGGAGCUCCACUAGAUGGAAGAAUUAUCAUUGUGGAUGAUGUGAUCACUGCCGGGACAGCUAUCAGGGAAAGUAUACUAAUAAUCAAGGAUCAUGGUGCGAUUCCUGCAGGCGUCAUAGUGGCCGUAAAUAGGCAAGAGAAGGGUACCAACGAGAUCUCAGCAGUGCAACAAAUCGAAAAGGAUUAUGGAAUUCCAGUGUUGUCAAUUGUCACUUUAGAUCAAAUUAUUCAAUAUCUUAGGGAACAUGGAGGUUACGGCGAACAUUUGAAAAAAAUGGAGGAGUAUCGAACUACUUAUGGAAUUAACAAUUAA